UAUAGUGGGACCACCCAUACGUGCAUUCCAGUGAUUAUAUGACGGCAGGUAUAGUUGUGGCUGACGGGGAAAGCGAUCUGAACUGGCCGCAAAGCUGAACCUGUUUAUGUCGACGAGGCGCCCUACACAACCAUUGCAAUAAAUCAGGGAAAUUGAUUUCUAUUUUCAUGUAGUCACCCGGAUGAAUGAGAUAUGAGUGUUGCGGUAAACACGAGAGACGUCCUCAACACCCGCAGGCGACAUCGCGACGGCCAGCGAUUGAUGAUCCAAGGCAGAACCGUCCUGACAAUGCUGUCAUAUAGUGCAUAGCUACAUGAGAGGGGUUGCAGUCGACGGAGAGCUGGUUGUCGAUGUUGAAGCUGUCUUGGGAGAUGUCGUACAUGAAAUCCUACUUGCAGAUUAUUGUGCUAUUUUGUAUAAUCCAAUAGUGUCUGGUAAAUGCAAGAGUUGCAUUGAUAACGACAAAUUCUGAUUUUGGACCGUUUAUGGUGAGGGGACAUCCUUGGGGACAGAUAUACUGUGCUGAUUAACCAUGGUUAAUGUUGGAUCGCUUGACCAGGUGAGGAGGACAGAAGUUAUAUGAAUGCGAGGCGUGUUUCACUGAAGAUGAAAUUGUACGUGUCAUUUUAGGGCAGUGAAGGUAGACGCACUGAUGAGAGAUAUGCGGUGUAUGACUGCUAGAUGUGUUUCACUGAAGAUGAACUUGUAUGAGGUAUUUUAAGUCAGUGAAGGUGGGCGCCCUGAUGAAAGAUAUGCGGUAUAUGCGUGCUAGGUGUAUGGUUCACUGAUGACGGGCUUGUAUGGGGUAUUUUGGGCAGGGAAAGGAGACGUACUGAAGAGAGAUUAACGGUAUAAGCGUGCUAGGUGUGUGGUUUACUGAUGACGGGAUUGCAUGAGGUAUUUUAAGGCAGGGAAAGGAGGCGUACUGAAGAGACAAUAACGGUAUAUGCGUGCUAGGUGUGUUUCACCGAAGAUGGACUUGUGGUAAUCAACCUUACGACAGUGAAUGUUUACGCCUUGAAGACACCGUAAACAACUGAUAAGACGCUCGUGUAGAUAGCGAGGCCAGAAACACGGAAUACCCAUGUCUGAUCAAGGUUUGACCUUGCUGGUGGUGGCUCUGCGACUCUGGUAAUUCCUGUAGGAGACGCAGUAUGUAUAUGUAGGUCUCUGUUAUCAUUUGUAAUGACGUCACAAACACACCAGAACGCUCGCUGCUUCCGUGGCUUGACAUGAUUCUUGGUCUCGUGGUAAUUCUAAUGCUUACAUACCAUAUAUAGGACAUAUAAAUUCAAACGCAUUUUCCCAGGUCAAUCUUUUACCAAAGAGUAAAAAUAUCAGCAUUAAAAUGUUAUAAAUAAUAUUCUUUUCGUAAAUCCAUUUAAGAGUCGUAAUGCAAUAUUUUCAUCUGUGUCGAUUUUAUUAAUUUGGAAUUCUAUUCCAACGUAAUCCAGAGUUGUCCCCAAAGACGUUCUCCCCUGUGCACAGAUAGAUAUAUAAUUCCAGUGGAGAAUGUGUGUCAUGCAUUAGCACAUUGACUACCAAGAGCGUCACUUUCCUGACAGGGAUAUCUCGAGGCUUGUGUUAUCGUGCCAGUGCCUUACACUCAGGGUUGACCUAAUCUCGUGAUAGUGCAUGUGAUCCUACAGUACAGGAGUUAAAACAAGAACCUCAGAAUCUAACCUCAACGUUUCAAACACCAGUUCCCGGUGUAAUACAGCCACAUUGAACAAUGGACAACUAUUCAUUUCCUGCGUCUCGAGACUGCGUUCCAGGUCGUGAGAUCGAGGACGAAUUUGACCCAAGCAUCCUCAUCUACAUCAACGCCCCUAGUCCCCCUCCCACCUUCUCCACCUGGGAGAUUGCGGUCAAGAUACUGUUCUAUGUGUUUGCGAUGCUGCUGGACGUCGUCGGUAACAGCAUCGUCAUUCUCAUCAUCGUCCUGAACAGGAAGAUGCGGACGACGACCAACGUGUUGAUCCUGAACCUCGCGGUGUCGGACCUGAUGGUGGCCGCGUUCUGCAUGUGGGUCCACGUGGGGUAUCAGAUCGCCCCUGAGUGGCCCUUUGGGGACUUUGUAUGUAAAGGGAACACCUUCUUUCAAGUGUUGUCAGUGACGUCAAGCGUCCUCACUCUAACGGUCAUCUCGGUGGAACGCUUCAUGGCCAUCGUGUUCCCCUUCCGGGCCAAAUGGUCAUCGCUGGUCACCGGGCUGGUCAUCGUCCUGACGUGGUGUGUAUCGACCAUGAUAGCCUCGCCCCACCUCUGGAUCAGGCAGCAGUUCAAGUGGCAGUGGAAGGACAGGCUCGAAAUUUGGUGUGAGGAGGUUUGGCCCAAAAUCUACAAGAACGAGGAAUGUGAGACGUACCAACCUGGUAAGCUGAUAUACUACAGUGUAGAGGGCGUCGUUAUGUACUUCGUGCCUAUCGCCGUCAUGAUCGGGGCCUACUCCGUCAUCGCCAUUAAGCUCUGCCUCCGUAAAGCUCCGGGGACACUUAUUGGCUCCACUGCAUCAGCCCAAGAGAGAUCCAAGAGGAAGGUGAUCAAGAUGUUGGUGGCGGUGCUGGUGGUGUUUGUGCUGUGUUGGACGCCGCAACAGUUCAUGCUGCUCUGGGAUGUCUUCAGACCCAAGGGGAAGAAGAUCGAGGCUUACUUGGACGACAUCAAGUAUGCUGCUGUGUACGUGGCCUACCUCAACAGCUCCCUCAACCCCGUCCUGUACGGCGGCUUCAACGAGAACUUCAGAAAGGGCUUCCUCGAGGCGUUCCGUUGUCUUCUCAUCAAGAAGCGGAAUAAAGUCGGACCAGUAACCCAGAGUAGCCGGAACCCGAUCGGACCCGGAAGUGGGGCUGAGAUCAUACCCAUAGAACAACACAACUCUUCAGAAUCAGAAGUUCCUGCGAGGAAUAUACGCCAACACCACAUGUUCACCAUAUACGAACCCCACGAGACGGGAGACCUGGCUUAGCUGUACAGUCUAGAUUCUUAACCUGCCAAUACCCACGAGACAGGAGAGAUGGCUUAGCUGCACCGUGUAGAUUCUUAACCUGCUAAUACCCCUGAGACAGGAGAGAUGGCUUAGCUGUACAGUGUAGAAUCUUAACCUGUCAAUACCCACGAGACAGGAGAGAUGGCUUAGCUGUACAGUGUAGAUUCUUAACCUGCUAAACCCCAUGAGACGGGAGACCUGGCUUAGCUGUACAGUGUAGAUUCUUAACCUGCCAAUACCCACGAGACAGGAGAGAUGGCUUAGCUGUACAGUGUAGAUUCUUAACCUGCAAAUACCCACGAGACAGGAGAGAUGGCUUAGCUGUACAGUGUAGAUUCUUAACCUGCUAACACCCAUGAUACAGGAGAGAUGGCUUAGCUGUACAGUGUAGAAUCCUAACCUGCCAAUACCCACGAGACAGGAGACCUGGCUUAGCUGUACAGUGUAGAUUCUUAACCUGCCAAUACCCACGAGACGGUAUACAUGUACGUGGCUAAAUUAGCUGUUCAGCUGCAGUGUAGAUGAUAACUUGCCAAACCCCGAUCUACAGCAGUGGCUAUGUGGCUAGCACCAGUGUUGUACAGUGUGUCAACAAAUCAAGAUGAUUCAACGUCGUGCAAGAUGUCGGCCCUUUUCCCAGCUUUGAGAGUCCACCAAGACAGGACAGUUUCUUGUGUGAACAACUCAGAAAUAACUGCGUUGAAUGACAUAGAACAGACGUCUUCAUGAACACAGAGAAGACAUUAUGGGUUCACCGUUUCCAGUUCUGGAUGCUGCCAGUUUAGAACAGUUGGGAGGACUUGGGAUGGAAGCAUCAGUCUGCAGACAUGUCUAUAUGCAAACCGCACGUCGGCGACAGCCACGACACCAAACUUUCUCGCAUGUGAGGUGGUGAGGUGAAAUGGGGUUUAACGUCGCGUCCAAGAUUAAUGCACUUAUAUAGCGACGUACAUGCACGUGUGUGUGGCUGCCUGUACUAGUCCGGACUGAUG